GGAGCAGAGCUGGCGGCAGCUAAUAGAAACGCCAGGGGGCGGAGCCAAGGCCUCCGGAGCGGAAGUGGGUCUCUAUUGAGGUGGUGGCGUCUGGCUGGAGUGCCUCUCCGCAGCCUCUUCCGAAGGUGCUUCCUAGCUCGAGUGCGUCGGCGGGGCGCCUACCAGCCCAGAGCAGCCCAGUUAAAUGGAUGCGGGGACGCAUGGGCUCCCGUUCAUCUGUGGGUUUCAUGUGAGGCGGGAACACUUCAGAGGGAAGAUGCAUCGUCGUCUUUUUGUGUGGCCUGGACUUGAGCUCCCAGCUCUGGACUUGGAGGACAUCUGUGUGGCCCCGAAUGCCGUGGCAGCCAGAGGAUGAGUGAGCAGCAGGCAUGAGUGGCUGAGAACGCUGGACGUCCCUGCAGGCCUUGGCUCAGUCACUUCCUUCUCUGCGGGUGCAGCCGGGAAGCACCAUGAGCACGAGGAAGCGUCGAGGAGGGGCAGCAAAUUCCAGACAAGCCCAGAAGCGAGCUCGGGAAGCAGCCCCCACCCCGGUGAUGGCCUUGGAAACAGAACCCAUAGAGCUCGUAGAAAGCGCUGGAGAUGAAAUAGUGGACCUCACCUGUGAGUCUUUGGAGCCCGUGGUCGUCGACCUGACGCACAACGACUCUGUAGUGAUCGUUGAUGAAAGGAGGCGGCCCAGGAGGAACACUAGGAGGCAGCGCCAGGACCACGCUGACAGCUGUGUGGUGAGCAGCGAUGACGAGGAGCUGAGCAGGGACAGGGACGUGUAUGUGACCACGCACACUCCCAGAAACUCCAGGGAAGAGACAUCGCCGGGGCUCAGAGUGUGGCCACGUCUUCUGCAGCCAGUGCCUCCGAGAUUCCCUCAAGAACGCGAACACUUGCCCGACCUGCAGGAAGAAGAUGAGCCACAAACGCUAUCACCCCAUUUACAUCUGAUGCGCUGCGAGCUGCCUCGGAGAAGGACGGACAGUGACAUCCCCGCGGGCUCAUGCGGCCUUCGUGGGUUCUCUGCCUCCAAUUUCCUGAGCUCAAAAGACUUUUAAACCAAGGCCUGAUAUGUAGACUGCUCCUUCUUUCCAGCCCUCUGAGGUCCUCUCGUUACCUCCAGCUUGAUGCCUCAGCCAGAGCCACAGCCCUGCCGGCCGGGUGCGGCCUGCUCCCCUGGCAGCCUGGUUCCAGGGCAGGCGAGGAGCUGAGCGCCUUCGAGUUGAGAAGCAGGUUCCAGCCUCUCCGGGACUGCACGUUUGCCAAGAAGCUCCCCCGCGCAGGAGGUGUGCGCAGCUUCCCCCACAGUGUUGUUGGGGAGCCAGCCCUGGUCAGGGCGUGAGCCAGUCCACCCAGCUCCUGCGGGCAUGCUACCUCACCCGGCCUCUGCCCGCACAGUGACCGAGCCGACAGCCCCGGAGGACCAACCACUGGGCUCCUUCCCGACCUUAGCAGUGACAGGCAGGGAUUUCUGCAGGGCCAUGCCCAGGCCUCUGAGGAUGAAACGUGCAAUAAAGCCCAUCCACCGCCGCCUCCUCGCAGCCCAGGAGACGCAGCACCGUGAGUGUCCCUUAGGCCCCGCCCUGUUCUGUCACCCCGUUCUCAGGAACUGACCAGGCCCCAGAAUUCCCCUCCUGGCGCGGGCCAGGCACAGUACACAGGGCAGGCCUGUACUCGGUGUCCACUCCUUUCUGAUAAAAUCCGUCCUCGUCACCAUAUGCCCGCUGGUCCUCAGUCCCCGCUGCCCACGGUCUCCUCAAGUAUGGACACCGGAAGGCGGUGCAGUAUUUGUGGCCUUAUCAGCCCAUGUCCAGCUGUUGCCCAAGCCGCAGCCACCCCGUGUCUCAGAGCGUGGCCCACCUGACGAGCUGGGUCCUGCCUUGGCCUUCUCACCACCCCACCAACCCACCAUUUCAGAAGCUGGUCCUCUGGCCAUCUGGACUGUGGCCCUCUGCAGUUCUGGUUGGCAAAGUUUGGUAGCCUCUCCUCACCAAGGGGCAGAUAACACCCCCUGCCCACUCUGCAGGCGUAGGAGCCUCUGGUUUCCAGGUGGCAGCACUGCUCCUAAUGCACAGGGCUGAGGGGUGACGGGAGUGCCAGCCUGCCCAACCUCCCCACAGGCCUCAAGCCAGACAGCAGCCUCUGCAUGUGGAGCAUCAGCCGGGGGCAAGGCCCUAGCUUUGCAGCAAUAACUGGCCUUCAGUUCCCUGGAAGGAGCAGGGACUUGGCACAGUUCACUUUAACGGGGCUGAAGGAGUGUCCCUCUUCUGUGAAAGUUUUAUUCUUCAUUCUGCCUUUGUAGCUGUUUGGCUCACUUCCAAUUAGUCAGUUUGAAUGAAAGGAAUAAUGUUCUACUUGGAGGUGAGGAGGCAGGACAUGGUUCCCACGGGGGCUGUGCCGUGUCUGCCCUCCGACUGGACGUGGUUGCCAUCGCGUUUCUUCCGGGCUGCAUGGGAGCGUCUCCUGUGACCUGACAUUACAGCCUCCAGGAGCCGGGAUGACCACGCAGCCCAAGCCCUGCUUUACAUUUUAGGACAAACGAUUGAUCAUGAAAGCUGUGCUUCUACAUUAAAUUGUGGGGGUGUUAAGUUUCUACUGUCAGAAACUACAAAAUAGGAAAAGGUCGAUAUGAAAACCCCUCCUUCUCAGUGUACAUAAUCCAAAUCUUUCUUUGUUACGUUUUAAACUUUACCCAUAAUGUCAGUCUGUUUCGGACCUCUGCUGGUGUUACAGAUGGAAAUAAAACCAGGAAUUUGAACCAGGUA